AUGUGGCUUUACGAAAUGCUCGGCGACCUGAAAAAGGGCAGACAUAGCCUCCUCGACGUGCUGAAACGAGCCAAAGAAGAAGUGAACGAAGCCGCUGGAGAGCUUCUUCGCGUCCAAGCUUUGGUCAGCAAGGAGCACGCUCGCAGUUUGAAAGCCCAAAAAGAGCUAGAGCAAAUCACCGGACCAUUCAAAGCGUCACAGUUGAAAGGAAAGGUAGACAAAGCUAUGGAAAAGAUGGAGUGGCCCAGCGACGAAACUGAUAGUUCCGAUGACCCGGAUAUUGUGGCGAGGCGCGAACUGGAUACUAUCAAGAAGAAGAAAGAAGAGGCAAGGAAAAAGAAGAAAACUGACUCGAAGAGAAAGAGGGAUCAUAAGGAUCGUUCACCGCCUCCCAAUGGCAAGGGUCGAGAAGGCGACGACGAAGGUCGAAGGAAUGACGAUGAUGGGGAUUGCUCUGAUCAAGAAAAAGAUCAGAGGCCGAAGCCUUUAAAGCGGGCCCGUAGGAAUGGCCAGGACCAGAACGGUACUUCUGCACAUCCUGUGGCAUCGACCGCGAAACUUUUGGAGGCUAGGGAUUCAUCUAUCCCGUUCAUCGGCUCCUCGCAAAAACGUUCUCGCGAGGACGAUGAGGAUUCUGCCACCAGCGAAGGCGAGGUGGAGAGAACCUGUAGCAACAAAGGAAUUUCAAAGAUUGUAUGGGCGAGUUACCUCUUGCAACCUUGGAAAAGCGGAAUCAAUGUGCAUUGCAAACGACCAAGCUGGCAUUGGUUGGAGCGGUCAGUGAUGAGGUCGCACGUCAGUGGACAAGGGGGGAGAAGCAUACCGGAGAGCUACAUCCCCCUAAAGUCAUGA